AUGUUACAAGUGUUGUUGUUAUUAUGUGCUGCCGAUGUGUUUAAUUCUGCACAGUCUGCAAGAAUUUUAGCGUUCUUUCCCGCACCGUCAAUAAGCCAUCAAGUGGUGUUUCGACCAUUGACACAAGAACUGGUAAAACGGGGCCAUGAAGUAGUUGUUAUAACUCCCGAUCCUGCUUUUCCAAAAGGUAAAGCACCAGCUAACCUUACAGAAAUAGACGUACAUGAUAUUUCUUAUGCAUUCGCUGACAAAUUCCUUGCUAAAGAUAGAGGAAAGAAAGAAGAUUUCUACACACAAUUUGCCGCACUGAUGGAAGUUUUUCCCGCCAUUUUCGAAGCUCAACUACAAGUACCCGAAGUAAACAGAAUUAUCACGGAAGAGAGACACGCGUUUGAUUUAUUAAUUGUAGAAUCAUGUGUGCGAGCUGCCUUGGGACUGAGCCACAUCAUUAAAGCUCCAAUGAUACAAAUCAGUUCACUUGGAGUUACAGGACUUCAAUAUGCCCUUGCUGGUACUCCAAUCCAGCCAUUUUUGUAUCCAACAUCUAUGCAGCAACGAAUCUAUAACCUGUCGUUGUUUGAAAAAAUAAGACAAACGUAUGAUUUGAUGUACUUGAUGUAUAACAUAUAUAGAACACAGCACCUAGAUUACGCUAUUGCCAAAAAGUAUUUUGGAGAUGAUAUGCCCAUAUUUGAAAUAUUGUUCAGUAAUACAAAAAUACUAUUCAUAAACGAACACCCUUUCUGGGCUGAUAACCGACCUGUAGCUCCAAACGUCAUAUACAUUGGUGGAAUACAUCAGACAAAGGAUAAACCAUUACCAAAUGAUCUCAAAGCGUAUCUUGAUUCUUCUAAAAAUGGUGUUAUCUAUGUAAGCUUUGGUACUAAUGUCAAACCGCAUAUGCUCGCGAUGGACAAAAUUAAAAUAAUGGUGGAUGUAUUAUCAAAAAUGCCAUAUGACGUGCUCUGGAAGUGGGAUGCUAACGAAUUGCCAGGAAUCUCAAAGAAUAUCAAAAUAUCGAAGUGGUUCCCCCAGUCUGAUCUAUUAAAGCAUCCAAAAAUAAAAUUGUUCAUAACACAAGGUGGAUUACAAUCAACGGACGAAGCGAUUAGUGCUGGAGUACCUCUUAUUGGUAUUCCUUUACUAGCAGACCAAUGGUAUAAUGUUGAGAAAUACGUGUUUCAUAAAAUAGGUCUACAUCAGGAUUAUUCUAGUAUUACAGCUGAAGGAUUUAAAAAUGCUUUGGAUACUAUUUUGCAUAAUUCAAGCUACAAGACCAACAUAGUGCGUCUGGGAGGUUUAAUGCGUGAACAUCCAGUUAAACCUUUAGAUACAGCAGUGUUUUGGACUGAACACGUAAUCAAACACGGCGGGGACCACUUGCAACCACCAAACGCAGGGAUAUCGGGAAUUAUCGCGUACUGCGAGUUCCCACUCGUCUUUAGCGUACUUUUGAUUCUGAUAUCUGCAACGGCCUUGAUAGCAAUCACAUUAUCUUACAUAUGGAAAUUAUUCAAGGGAAAGGCAGUUAGUAUUAGAUAA